CCGCCCCAGAUUGGCUCUCCCCCCCCCUACCCGCGCCGCGGGGAUCCUCAGGGCUCCAGACUCUCCCAGGAGACUCACCGCAAUGGAGGCGCCCUGUACCUGCGCGCUGCUGCUGGCGCUGCUGCUUCUGCUGCUAGCGCUACUGCUGCCCCGGAUUCGGACCCCAGGCCGCCUACCCCCGGGGCCCGCGCCGCUGCCCCUGCUAGGGAACCUCCUGCAGCUCUGGCCCGGGGCGUUGUACUCCGGGCUCCUGAGGCUGAGUAGGCGGUACGGCCCAGUAUUCACUGUGCACCUGGGCCCCUGGCGCCACGUGGUGGUGCUCGUGGGCCACGACGCCGUGCGUGAGGCCCUGGGUGAACAGGCAGAGGAGUUCAGUGGACGUGGGGUUCUGGCCACGCUGGAUGGGACCUUUGACGGCCACGGGGUUUUUUUCUCCAACGGGGAGCGCUGGCGGCAGCUGAGGAAGUUCACCAUGCUGGCUCUGCGGGACCUGGGCAUGGGGAAGAGAGAAGGAGAGGAGCUGAUCCGGGUGGAGACCCAGAGUCUAGUGGAGGCAUUCCAGGGCACAGGAGGACAACCCUUCAACCCCUCCCUGCUGCUCGCCCAAGCCACCUCCAACAUUGUCUGCUCCCUCACCUUUGGCAUCCGCUUCCCCUACGAGGAUGAGGAGUUCCAGGCCGUGGUGCAGGCAGCCAGUGGUGUCCUGCUGGGGGUCAGCUCCCCAUGGGGCCAGGCCCAGGAGAUGUUCCCCCAGCUCCUGCAGGCCCUGCCCGGCAGUCAGACACAGCUCCUGGGCCACGUGGGUAUCCUGGCUGCCUUCGCCGCCAGGCAGGUGCAGCAGCACCGGGGGAGCCUGGACACCUCGGGCCCUGCACGUGAUGUCGUGGACUCCUUCCUGCUGAAGAUGAAGCAGGAGGAGCAUGGCUCCAGCACUGAGUUCACCGACAAGAACUUGCUGAUGACAGUCAUCUACCUGCUGUUCGCCGGGACGGUCACAGUCAGUGCUACCGUCCAAUACACACUCCUGCUUCUGCUAAAAUACCCUCACAUCCAAGAGCGCAUGAGGGAAGAGCUGACCCGGGAGCUGGGGGCCGGCCGGGCACCAGGCCUGGGGGACCGAGCCCGCCUCCCGUACACGGACGCGGUUCUGCAUGAAGCACAGCGGCUGCUGGCACUGGUACCCAUGGGGGUGCCCCGCGCCCUCACCAAGACCACCUGCUUCCGAGGGUACACCCUGCCCCAGGGCACUGAGGUCUUUCCUCUCCUGGGCUCUGUUCUGCAUGACCCUGAGGUCUUCGAGCGGCCAGAGGAGUUCAAUCCUGACCAUUUCCUGGACACAGAUGGACAGUUCAAGAAGCAGGAGGCCUUUCUGCCCUUCUCUCUAGGAAAGCGUGUCUGCCUUGGAGAGGGCCUAGCACGAGCAGAGCUCUUCCUGCUGGUCACCGCCAUCCUGCAGGGCUGCCACCUGGACAGCCCAUGCCCACCCGGUGCCCUGCACCUUCAGCCGGCCAUCAGUGGCCUCUUCAACAUCCCCCCAGCCUUCCAGCUGCAAGUCCAGCCCCGUUGAGUUCCCCCACCCACCCGGCCUUGCAUACAGGAGGAAGGAGGGAACCCCAAAGAGACAGUGGCCUUGACAGUGGACAUGACUGAGCUUCCAGAACCACAGGUCUACACUUCUGGAAGCCAUGUGCACGCACCUGAAGCUGCCUUCUGGGGUCAGUCAUAAGGACGCUAGGUGUCCCCAAGGUCCUUCGUGACUGUCAGUUUGAAACCACACAUUCAUGCACGAGGACCAGGGUCGUGAGAGCCCUCAGUCACAAAGGAUCCAGAAUCAAGACCCAGCAUCCAGAUUACCACCACCACUCCCCCAAUUCAUACACCACCCAGCUCCCCAGGAACCCACGAAAACCCACAGGCACCCCAAAACAGUUGUCAUGAGCAUGACCAUGGAAAUCUGGGGCAGAGAACAUAUCCCCUUCUGGGCCACAUGACCAUGCUGAGACCAACCAAUUAUGGGCCCCACCUUGAUUUGGACCAUCAAGUCCCUUGGGUGUCCCCUCCCCCAAAACUGAUUACCUGUUCAUAGGAUCCUCCACAGUCACAAGAUACAGUCCCAAACUCUGCACCUCAAGGAUGCCCUUCUCUUUGCACCUGGAUCCCUAAAUUAAGAACACCCCUGGGUAGGUAAUUGUGCACCUUAGAGAAUGAAGUAAACUUGAACCCUCAAACAAGGAGCCUCCCUCCCCUGCUUCCUUCUUAUUCUGCCAGUUUAAAAUCACCUACUUC